AAGGGAACCUGCCGCUGUUAGAUUCUUCCUGCACGUGUUUGGAUUCUGCAUAAAGCUUUUUUUUACCCUUGCAGUGUGUUUAUUGAAGAAGUCAGAAAUGGAAGUCGUGCUCCAAACUCCAAACAGUGAGAAGAAGAAGACGAUCCUUCCUCUUGGCCAGCUGGUGGAGGAAACGAGGAGGACCCCUAAAGUCUCUCAUCACCUUCUAGAAACUAAGAUUUUUGCCAAAGUUAAAAGCAAUAACAUUAUUGAGGUUGAACCGUCCGAGCUGCAUUUCAGUGGGUUUGAAGUGGGAAAAGAGUACAGAAAGGCUGUGAAAAUCAUCAACAUAUCUACUAAGGUGAUCCGCAUCCACGUUAUUCCCCCCGAAACCAAGUACUUUCGAACUGAACAUACACCAAUGAGUCGACUAGUUCCUGGACUUGCUCACACUAUCACCGUGCACUUCAGGCCAAACGAAUGGCGCUACUUUUUUGACAGCAUCCGGAUCCACUGUAAGGGAGAGGAGAACUUGCUGGUUAAUGUUCAUGCUUAUCCUGUCAUCGAUGAUCUAAACAUUCCACCACAGAUAGACCUGUCUCCUGUACCACUGGGACAAAGCUCCACUUAUGCGCUUCCUCUGAGAUGCAGCAGUCCAGUAGACUUUGAGUUCCAGGUAUACUACUUGAGUUCUCAUGAGGCGUUUAGCAUACAACCUCUGUCAGGAGUCAUUCCAGCACACGGAAAGACGGAUCUAUUGGUGACAUUCAAACCAAAGCAAUAUGGAAUGGCUGAAAUCACUCUGCAUUUGGUCAUCGCUCAGUUCAACUCGAAACCCUUCCUCUGCACAUUUACUGCCUCCUGCCCUCCCAAUCUGACUCCAAACCAACAAACAGAAAAGGAUGAGGUUGCGUGUCUCAAACCAAAGGUUGCGUGUUGGAAACCAAAGGCUAAAAGAAAACAAAGGAUACAGAAGAAAAAAACCCCAGGUCCGAUUACACCCAGCUCUGAUCUAGAUCUUACCAGCCAUGGUAAUCUUGCUAAAAUGCUGAUUCAAAGCCAAGAUAAAAUUAGCUACAAGGACCUCGGAGAAGCAACAACUCAUACCAACACUGCAGACCAAACAAGACAGAUUAAAGAGGCUGCUUUUGAAAGUCAAGUUCAAGAAAAUGUUCAGAAAGACAGUAUACAUCUUCUAGGGCAGGUGCAACUCGGUGAUGAUUUGUUCUCAGAAGAGCAGAAAAUAAAGAUUCUGCAAGAACAGGAAGUUGCAGCUUCUGAGUAUAUGAUGAACAAAGAUAUGGGUGGCGAGGAAAUGGAUAUCGACCAGACUUGUCGGAAACUGUCGUCUCAUCGUGUUGUACAUUGUGCAGAAGAGCACCCUGACAGCACUCCUGAGUUCUCAGUUUAUGAGAGUAACCAAUUAGAAAGCAGAUCUCGAGUGCUUAGGCUCUUCCAACAAACUGUUCGUAAGGUCAUUCUGCAAGUCCGUAUAAAUAAAAGGCUUCUACUAUUGCGAGAACUGGUUUCCACUAUGAAAAAGCAAAGUGGAGAUGAAGAAAACAUCGAAGAAGAAGAACAACUUUUAGAUGCGUCACCAGAGAAGCUUCUGCCCUACAUGUCGCCCGUCUUUCCUUCUACAAACCAACCUGAAGAAACUGCAAUUACAAAGUUAAAUGUUCCUGUGGAGCAGACUGAAGAAGAUUUGACCUCCACCAUUCCACUUUUUAAUCUAAAGGUUCCUCAGCAUUACAAGCAAAUGCACUAUCAGAAAGUGGCUGUGAUUGAUUCCGAAUCCUCUUUUGUUCCCAUCAAACAAUUACGCAAAGGAGAUCAGGAGAAGGAGUUGCAGGAACAGGAGAGAAGUAAACCAGACGUCAACCCCAUUCUCUUUUUCAGGACUCCUCAUAAUGUGUUAAAUCCACAAAAUGCCCAUCCACUCCGAAUCUUUAACCCUGCUCCGAAUGUACAUGCCUUCAGACCAACCCCAUUAUAUCUAGAGUGUGACCCAGAGUUCCACCUUUGUCCACUAACAAGAAACACCAUCUGCACAGACCAAAAUAUCAAAAGCACUCAGAAGUUGUUUUUACACAGAGAGGAAAUUAUAAAAGGAACCUUGAUAUGGAAACAGUUUUCCUGUCUGGCACUGAACGCUGUUUCUUCAGUUCCAGCACUAACCAGCAGUCAAAGCCCUCGCAUGUCUGAUCCUUUCUGCAGUUUGGUGCUACCGCUGGAAGCCCCACCCCCACUGAAGGACCUUCCUGACAACAUCAGAGAAGAAAUUACAGAGACUGAAGGUGCAGGUGCUAAUCUUAAUCCUUCCAUGGUUCAAGAUAAGCUUAUGGCCUAUGAAUAUUCGCCUCCUACAGCGAUAUAAGAAGAUUCCAUUAAAGAUAAUGGCAGGUAAUCCAAAAUAGAGAUAUACUUUUUUUUUUUUUCUACAUUUUAGUUUAAAUAAACUACCCCACCUUAUAA